ACACAUGGUCUAAGAGAAUAUUUUGUUUACCCAUUCGAUCCAUCCCACUUGAACCAUACUCUCUCUCAUCACACAUUCUCUCUCUCUUUCUUCAAUCGCACAAAUCAUCAACGAUUAAACUUCAACUCAUUCACUGAAACACACAAAUCAAGCAAAGGUUCGCCAGGGCGAGUAAUAAGAGAUUAAGAAACAGUAUACUAGAAUCUCUAACUGAAGGCGAAUAUCUCCGAAAAUAAGAUUGCGAUGGGAGCAUCGCGGGCACAAAAGCUAUCCGGUAUUCAAAAGCAAGUUCUCUCAUUAUACAGAGGAUUUCUUAGAACCGCGCGUUCCAAAACUCCUGAAAACCGGGUCCACAUUGAAUCACUCGUAUCAGCCGAGUUUCGUAGAAAUGCGCAAUCGAUUGAUCGCAAGAAUUUCUUACAUAUCGAGUAUUUGCUUCGUCGUGGUAAGAAACAACUUGAUCAACUCAAAACCGUUGAUUCUGUUCGGUUAUCUUCAUCAAAUGUAGAAAUUUCUGAUACUCAAAAACAAUAAUCUGGUUGAUUCUGUUAGGUUAUAUGAUUUCGUCUAACGUUUGAUCAUAUUCGGCUGUUGUUUAAUGGAGGUUUGAUUAUCUCCUAUAAUAAGUUUAGAGAAAGCGUACCCUUGUGAUUA